UCUGUAGCCCACGGUGAGGCUGGUGGGAUGUGGUGUCCUCUCUCUCCCUUCUCCACAGGCAUGGUCCCCUUGAAGAAGCUGCACGAGGCGUUCCUCCGGUUGGCCCUCCUGCCCGCGGGGGGCACCACCAGGCCCAAGGCCUCCGAAGUGCUGAGCCUGCACCUGCUGCAGAGGGGCCUGCCCCACUGGACCUCCUUUUGCGUCAAGUACAGCGCCGUGCGCAAUGACCAGUUUGGGCUCUCCAACUUCAACUGGGAGGUGAAAGGGACGAACUACCACAUCCUACGGACGGGCUGCUUCCCCUUCAUCAAGUACCACUGCUCCCGAGCCUCUCGCCAAGACCUGGCGAUGCAGAACCGCUUCUUUACGACUCUUAAAAUAAUAAACUUAG